CAUUCAGUCUUCCUUUUCACUGGUGAUUUUUUUUGACUUGUGCAUUUGAUUUCACUCUGUGGAUUAUAAAUACAUCAACAGAAGGACAAUACAGGAUAAUAGCUCGGCUUUUUGCAAAAAGGUUUAUGUGGAGUUGGGUGGAUUGCUUCGGGAAUAUGCCUUUUAUCAGCAGUGAACCCACGAUUAAAUGGCAAGUACAGGCCUUCAUCCUUGUUUUUCUCAUUGACGCGGCAGUCAGUCAGAUCCGCUACUCUGUCCCAGAGGAGAUGAGAAAGGGCUCCUUUGUAGGAAAUGUAGCUGAAGACUUAGGUAUAGACGCUAAAAGACUCAUAUCAGGCGGUGCACGAAUUGUUAGCGGAGAUAGCAGCGAGUACAUCAGGCUGGAUGCAGACAAAGGGAUUCUUGUGGUGGGAGACAGAAUAGAUAGGGAGCAGCUCUGCGGACAGACAUCGCCCUGUAGCUUGAAUUUUGAAAUGAUUAUGACGAAUCCAAUGCAACUACAUAGCGUUGUAGUGGAAGUGUUGGAUGUUAAUGAUAAUGCGCCUGUGUUUCACGAGAAAGAGGUGCAUGUAGAAAUAGUAGAAUCUGCUCUUCCAGGAACCGAAAUAUUACAAGAGAGCGCCACCGACCCCGAUGUUGGCGUCAACGCUUUACACGGUUAUACUUUACACCCAACGACACAUUUUAACAUUAAGGUCCUGUCCAGCCCAAAUGGUAAUAAAUAUGCACAGUUGUAUCUUUCUAAUGCCUUAGACCGCGAGAAAGAAGAAAAGCUGAUUCUCAUGCUCACUGCUGUGGACGGCGGUGAACCACAGAGAUCAGGGACACUAAAAAUCCAUGUAACUGUGCGAGACACAAAUGACAAUGCACCGGUUUUUACGCAGUCAAAUUUCAAGGCUUCUGUUAAAGAAAAUGUUCCAAAAGGAACCUUAGUGGUGAGCCUGAGCGCGACAGAUGCAGAUGAAGGGAUGAAUGGCCGUGUUACAUACCACUUUAAUCGGAUGUCUAGUAACGUUGCUGAACUAUUUCAUCUGGAUGAAAACAGCGGCGAUUUAACUGUAAACGGUAUGAUUGAUUACGAAGAGAAUAAGAUAUAUGAGAUUGGCGUGCAGGCAAAAGAUCAAGGUGGACAGAGCACAUCAACAAAAGUAAUAAUUGAGGUGACGGACGUUAAUGAUAAUGCACCUGUAAUUACACUAACCUCGUUUUCUAGUGCCAUCGCUGAGAAUUCUCCGAGUGGAACCACUGUAGCUAUCAUAAAUGUAAAAGAUCUAGACUCAGGAAAAAAUGGUAAAGUUGACUGCUCAGUUAACGGCAAUAUCCCGUUUGCAAUCCACUCAUCUCUGAAGAAUUAUUAUACUCUGGUGACAAACGGUGUCCUUGACAGGGAGCGUAAUCCUGAUUACAAUAUCACAUUCACGGCUACUGAUGAAGGCACCCCACCACUCUCAACUAACAAGACAAUACCACUUCGAGUAUCUGAUGUUAAUGAUAAUGCCCCCGUAUUUGAACAGAGUUAUUAUGAAGCCAAUAUCGUGGAGAAUAACUCCCCAGGAUUAUCUGUGUUUUCAGUGAAAGCACACGAUGCUGACUCGGGGCAGAAUGCACGUGUGUCUUACCUGCUUAUUGAUACUCAGUUAAACGGUAACCCGAUAUCCACCUACAUAUCUGUUAACGCAGAAAGUGGAGUUAUACAUGCAGUUCGCUCAUUUGACUAUGAGCAAAUUAAAACUCUAAAUAUUUUUGUCAAGGGGCAAGAUGGCGGUUCGCCGCCUUUAAGCAGCAAUACUACAGUUAAAUUAAAUGUUCAAGAUCAGAACGACAAUCCGCUGCAUCUCGUCCCUGUAAGAACUGGGGGUUCCAUU